GAGGGAGAGGGGAGGAGCGCGGGGAGGAGUCUGCGAACUUUCCGUUCGAGGGCAUUGUGGGAAGCAGCCAUGGUCUGAGGCGGGCACCUCACCUGUCAGCCGCGCCCGGCUCCUGCGCUCGCCUCGCGCCCUCGUGACCACCGCGCUCGCCGCUCGCCGCUCGGCGGGCGGGGACGGCGGAGGCCCGGCCACCAUGAUACAUUUCAUAUUGCUUUUCAGUAGACAGGGGAAAUUGCGGCUGCAGAAAUGGUACACGACUCUCCCUGACAAAGAGAGGAAAAAGAUCACCCGGGAAAUUGUUCAGAUUAUUCUCUCUCGUGGUCAGAGAACAAGCAGUUUUGUUGACUGGAAGGAGCUAAAACUUGUUUAUAAAAGGUAUGCUAGUUUGUAUUUUUGCUGUGCUGUAGAAAAUCAGGACAAUGAGCUCUUGACUCUCGAGAUCGUGCACCGUUACGUGGAGUUGCUGGACAAAUACUUUGGAAAUGUCUGUGAGCUGGAUAUUAUCUUUAAUUUUGAAAAGGCUUAUUUUAUCCUGGAUGAGUUUAUAAUGGGUGGAGAAAUUCAGGAAACGUCCAAAAAAUCUGCUGUCAAGGCCAUUGAAGAUUCUGACAUGUUACAGGAGACAAUGGAAGAAUAUAUGAACAAGCCUGCAUUUUAGCUGUGAAUCUACUUGAAGAGUCCAAGGGCUAUGCACUGGGUGCUUGUACCUGAGCAAUGCCUGGCAUCCAGUUCUUUUGACAGAGCCCCCGGCAUCAUGCCAAAAAUAACCUAAAAGGGAUUCUUUGUUAACUAGCAAAAAGUUGUUUAACAUAAUAUAUUUAUCAUUAUUACAUACCUGUAUUAUACUGUAUAUACCUACUUACUGUAGUCUUGAUGUUCAAAUAACUGCUUUGUGACUCAGUUGACUGAAUGUUUUUUUGCAACAUUUGAACUCCAUGUGAUAUUUUUAAGCUAAUUUAAAUAAAUGCUUUGCAAUAUGUUUUUUGUUGCAUUUGAUCCUCUACUCACAGAUGAAAACUGUAUUGUAAUAACCCAUGAUUUUGAAUGUAAGAUAUAUGUUAUAUUAAUAAUUAUUUUCUAAAUGUUUAGCUUUUUAAAUUGUGUAAUAAUUCCAAGUCACGUUAAGAGUUCAGAGUUUAUACAUAAUGCUAGGCAUUUUUAACAUACUUAGUAAAAUGUAAUUUCAGUCCAGAUACAAUGUAUCUGAUUUUAAUGUCCUGAAUUCAUUUAUUUUUUCAGGGUUGGAAUUAAGGAAAAUAACCAAAGACAAUAAGGGACUUAAAUGGUUUUGAUGUCUUGGAAGCUGCUAUCUAAUUGAGGUUUUAAUUUUACCUUUUAGUUGAAUAUUAAGGGCAUUCUGAUAAGGCUGUGGUUCCUACCAACUCUGUGUAUUUAUUAAGGAUUUGAGACGUCUGGAGAUACAGUGUGUCUGACUUCCCUUACUAUAAAAAUAGUAUAA